CACAAACAAAUGCAAACUGGGCCAAAGAACACAGACAGGUGCCUGUGUGUUUUGGACACGUGUCCAGGUCAGACAUGGACUGAGCUGAUAGGAGACACACUUUUGCAAUUCUGUCUGUGUUUGGAUGUGUGUUUGGUAGCCUUGACUGUCUGUGCCUUUUUUAAAAACAGUUGCAACAAAGGAUAAUGAUAAAAUCAUCAUUGAUUCAUUCUCUGUAACCACUUAUCCUGUUAGGGGUCACAGGUGCUGGAGCCUAUCCCAGCUGACACUGGGUGAGAGGCAGGGUUCACCCUGGACAGGUCGCCAGACUAUCACAGGGCUGACACAUAGAGACAGACAACCAUUCACGCUCACAUUCACACCUACGGACAAUUUAGAGUCACCAAUUAACCUGCAUGUCUUUGGACUGUGGGAGGAAGUUGGAGCACCUGGAGGAAACCCACGCUGACACAGGGAGAACAUGCAACACUCUGCACACUGAAGGGCUCCCCCACCCCGAGGUUUGAACCAGGGACUCACUUGCUUUGAGGCGACAGUGUUAAACACUGCACCACCGUGCCGCACAUAAUAAACUAAGUAAUAAUUAAGUAAUAGAAAAGCAACAGAUCAGCAACAUUUCAGGGCUGUGAGGAACAGUUAGAAGCUUCAAAGCUUCAUUUAUACUGUUGACAUUUGAAUUCUGAAUCAGCAUUCAGAUCCUGCACAGCUUUUUUGUAUUUUUUUUCCCAAACCUAUUCAUGCUGUUUCAACCCAGUAUUUCUGCACAGUUGCAGUUCAACAUCACGUCACACUAAUAUUAUCAGUACAAUCCUGAUUCCAAAGAAGUCGUGACGCUGUUUAAAAUGAGCACAAAAACAUAACUAAAUGAUAAUAAUAAUAAUAAUGGAGUAUAUGAGCAUUCAACACAUCAGAGUCGAAAUUUAAACAUUAAAUAUAUUUCAUUUUACCAUAUUUAACUGAACCUUGGUCAAGGACGAUUGUGGAAUUAUUGCAUUUUGUUUUUAUUUAUUUGUUUUUGUUUUUUAUUUUUUUGGAGUCAGGGUUGUAAUACAUUGUAAUUGGAUUCCAGUCGAGGCUGUGUAGGAUUGUUUCCAAAAACAUUUAACUCCAAAUUAUUGUUAAGUCCAAAAUUCAAAAGUUAUUAAAACAAGAUGGAUAUCAUGCUUUUAUUGAACAAAAUAUUCAGCUUCAGUCCAUUUUGUUGGCGUUUAGCCUCAAAAACAACAUCUGGGAACUUUUAUAAUGAGGACUAGCAGCUUUACAGGAGCUCACAGACAACGAUUAUCAAUGUGUCACAGUGAUGGCUGACAGCAUUAAAACAACUACAAUUUGCAUUUUUGCACAAAUAUAUGAAUUCAAGCACUUUCAAUAACCAAAUGUCUGUUUGUGUUUAUUUUUAUAAACCUUUCAAGACCUUAAUUUCUUUCCACUCAAAUUAAAAAAACUUGAAAGAACUGUCAGGACCUGUGGGAACCCUCUCUGGAAUAGCCCCGCCCACUUUUAAAUUCUAUGUGGAGUGGAUGGGGGGCGGGCCCUCCCUGGAAUAGCCCCGCCCACUUUUAAAUUCCAUGGGGGGGCGGGGCCAUCAGGGUUCCAACUCCUUUGUGACACUUCGGCGCACGGAACACAUCAAAAGAUCAAAGGAAUUGAAAUUGUGAGUAUUUCUGAGUCAAGCAGUCUGUUGGCCAUCAAUACACAUAACGAUGGACAGAAGAACAAACAACAGACAGAGACCAGCUGGUGAUGCUGCGGGCCGUCGUAGACCUCCACAACAUCACCACCAUCAGCACAACAAUGCCUCUUGGGGAGACCUUGUUGAUGAGGAAAACCAGAAGUUAUGCCACAUCAUCAAGAAGAAGAAGGACCAGAUCAAGCGUCUGGAGGAGCUGCUCGAGGCCAGAGACAGGGGGUUCAGCUCUGAGUUCAAAAAAAGCGCUGAGAGAGUCUGUGAGCUGGAAACACAGAACUACGACCUCACGUUGUCUCUCCAACGCCAAGAGAAGAACAGCAAGCAGCAGUUUGAGGAGAUGGUCGCAAAGUAUGAGGCUGAAAGACAAACUGCAUCAAACCAUAUCAAGCAGGUUUUGAGGCAGGAGGUCGAGAGCCAGGUACGGAGUGAGUAUCAGCAGAAGGAAGCCCAGAUGGAAAAACAGAUCCAUCAGAUGGGCGCUGAACUCCAGAAAAUCCGUGAGGAGAAACAGAGUCUCCUUCUGACGCUGGCAGACGCACACACAGCGAUGACCAGCAAAGAUGCUGCUCUCCAGCAGAGCGAGGAAGCCUGGCAGGCUAAAUAUGAGGCUCUGACUGAGAAAAUGGAGGAAAACACCAGAAGAUGUGAAACGCAGGUGAAUGAAUUCACCAUCAAGGCCUCUCUGAUGGAAGAGCAAAUCCAUCAGAGAGACCUUGAGAUCCUGCGUCUCACCGAGGACAACAGCUGUCUCGCUAACAAACUUGCAGAGACAGCACAAGAGCUGACCUCCAGAGCUGCUGAACUCCUCCAGAGCCAGAGAGCCUGGGAGGAGACACUCCAGACUGUCAAGGACAACUUCUACAAAGAGGCUGAAGAAAGUCAACAGAGCUGGGAGUCACAGCAGACUCAAGUUAGAGUCAAGGUCGAGGCAGAGAUCCAACAGAAAGACGCUGAGAUCCUGCGUCUCACCAAGGACAACAACGGUCUCAUCGAACAGCUCUCGGAGAAAACAGAGGAGCUCACCCGUAAAGAUGAUGAACUCCUCCAGAGCCAGAGAGCCUGGGAGGAGACACUCCAGACUGUCAAGGACAACUUCUACAAAGAGGCUGAAGAAAGUCAACAGAGCUGGGAGUCACAGCAGACUCAAGUUAGAGUCAAGGUCGAGGCAGAGAUCCAACAGAAAGACGCUGAGAUCCUGCGUCUCACCGAGGACAACAACGGUCUCAUCGAAAAGCUCUCGGAGAAAACAGAGGAGCUCACCCGUAAAGAUGAUGAACUCCUCCAGAGCCAGAGAGCCUGGGAGGAGCUUGCUGAGAAACAUCAGGCACAAGUCAAACAGCUGAUGGAUGAGAAGGUGGAACUGGAAGACCUCUGCUUGUAUGUCAAUAAGAAGAGGAAACGCUUCUUGCUGUUUCCAAGGAGGUCUUCAGACGACAGAGAGACCCAGCUGCAGAAGAUGAAGAACAAAAUGCAGCAGAAGGCAGCAAAAGCAAGAGGAGCUGAGAAGAUGGAGGAAGAAAUGGAGGCUGCUGAUUGUUCAGCUCAGGCUGGGCAUCAGUAGCUCCCAUAGCUUCUUCCAUUUAUGUGGGGUUUUCUCCUGGUGCUCAGGUUCGCCCGUCAGUGUCAAUCACAUUUUUAAAAAAAAAUGCUCUAAUAAGAGCAGACGAGAAGAAG